AUGUCAACUGCAACCAUUAAUGAAGUACGAAAAAGGGCCCCUGUGCCCCGUCAUGAAAUCUUAGCCGCGGUACGCGGCGACAUGGAACGUACUCAUCGAGAGUCGAUCUGGAUCAACUCAGCGUGGCACCAAUUCUGCCCUUGCCCUUUCGCCGCCGGCUCAUGCUCUGGGCGCUGCCACGAUGAUGUUGCAGAUAUGUCACCACGCCACGCCGAGGAUUGUUGCAAUAAGACUGUACCUAUAUACGUCAUACCUAGUUCCGGUGCUGCUAGACAUCUUAUUGCCUGGUGCUUAAACAACUGGCUUUAUCGGAGAUGGUACAAGCCUUACCGGAACGAAAUCGAGCAUUGUCGAUUUAUUGCUAAACAGUUCUAUACUUGUCCAGCUCUCGACCAGCCGCUGGUACCACUGGUUAAUAGCCUCCAUGAGAGAAUUUGCAACCAGGUGAAGGCGUACCAGAAAGACAUUGUGACUCGCCCUGUCACCCCUGAAGUCCCAGGAGAGCCAUGCUUUCGAGACCAGCGAUUCCUUAUCCUUCAGCCUCUCUUUGAGGCUAUCACUAUCAUUAUCCUAGCCGAUGACUUCAACAUCUUUAUUCCAAACUUGGACAAUUUGCCAUGUCUCAUUACUUUGACAGGCCAGAACGACAACCUGAGUGCGCCGAUAAGUUUCAGCACCAUCAAACACGAGAUCACCAACUACGUUUCAGAGACAGCGGUAAAUGUUCCACUGCACGUUGCAUAUGACUUUAUAAUGUCCCUGGAACAGAGGGAGAUGAAUGCCUUUGGUCUCCAGCCGGACCCUAUAGAGUCGGCAAUCCAAUGUCAUGACAAAGAGACUCUAGGGUAUGAUCGGCAACAUCUCAAUUCCGUGGUCCGAGAUCUCGGUGGUGGUGAUGACCCUGUCACUGGCCCCAGUUCGACCUGGGUGAAUACAACUGUGUAUACUGGUCUCUGUGAUGCUAUGGUUCUUCUGGAGAAGGGUUGUAGCACGAUGGAAAGGUUAACGCGAAGAAUGGAGGUUAAUAUGUUUUUUCGCGCCAAUACUUCUCAACCUCUGCCGAGUCGCCGUUACAGCAUUUGA